CCGACUGGGGCGCGAUGCCGAACGCCUCCGGCCUGGACAGAGCUCUUAAGAUGUCCCUGCCCCGAAGGUCGAGGAUCCGCUCGUCCGUUGGACCUGUUCGUCCUUCUUCGGGCUACAAGAAGGCAGAGGAUGAGAUGUCCCGGGCCACGUCUGUUGGAGACCAGCUGGAGGCACCAGCCCGCACCAUUUACCUCAACCAACCGCAUCUCAACAAAUUCCGUGACAACCAGAUCAGUACGGCCAAGUACAGCGUGUUGACGUUUCUACCUCGAUUCUUGUAUGAGCAGAUUAGAAGAGCUGCUAAUGCCUUCUUCCUCUUCAUUGCCUUAUUACAGCAAAUUCCAGACGUAUCUCCAACAGGAAGAUAUACCACCCUGGUGCCAUUGAUCAUUAUUUUAACAAUUGCAGGCAUCAAAGAGAUUGUAGAAGAUUUUAAGCGGCAUAAGGCAGACAAUGCAGUGAACAAAAAGAAAACAAUAGUGUUAAGAAAUGGUAUGUGGCAUACCAUUAUGUGGAAAGAGGUGGCGGUGGGAGACAUUGUGAAGGUCGUCAAUGGGCAGUACCUCCCAGCAGACACGGCCCUGCUGUCCUCCAGUGAACCUCAGGCAAUGUGUUACGUCGAAACAGCUAAUCUAGAUGGGGAGACAAACCUUAAAAUACGUCAGGGUCUGAGUCACACUGCCGACAUGCAAACAAGGGAAGUAUUGAUGAAAUUAUCUGGAACUAUAGAAUGUGAGGGACCCAACCGCCAUCUCUAUGACUUCACUGGAAACUUGCACAUAGAUGGAAAAAGCCCUGUUUCCCUUGGGCCUGACCAGAUCUUAUUAAGAGGUACACAGCUUAGAAAUACUCAGUGGGUCUUUGGCAUAGUUGUUUAUACUGGACACGACACCAAACUCAUGCAGAAUUCCACAAAAGCACCCCUCAAAAGAUCGAAUGUUGAGAAAGUGACGAAUGUGCAGAUCCUGGUGUUGUUUGGCAUCCUCUUGGUCAUGGCCUUGGUGAGCUCGGUGGGGGCCCUGUACUGGAAUGGGUCUCAAGGUGGAAAGAACUGGUACAUCAAGAAGAUGGACACAACCUCGGAUAAUUUUGGAUAUAACUUGUUGACAUUCAUCAUCUUAUACAACAAUCUUAUUCCCAUCAGUCUGUUGGUGACCCUCGAGGUUGUGAAAUACACUCAAGCCCUUUUUAUAAACUGGGACACAGACAUGUAUUAUUUAGGAAAUGACACUCCUGCGAUGGCCAGAACCUCAAACCUUAAUGAAGAGCUUGGGCAGGUGAAAUACCUAUUUUCUGAUAAAACUGGAACUCUCACAUGCAAUAUCAUGAACUUCAAGAAGUGUAGCAUUGCUGGAGUAACCUAUGGUCAUUUUCCAGAAUUGACAAGAGAACCAUCGUCAGAUGAUUUUUGCCGGAUACCUCCUCCCCCUAGUGACUCAUGCGACUUUGAUGACCCCAGGCUCUUGAAGAACAUUGAAGAUCAUCACCCCACAGCUCCGUGCAUACAGGAGUUCCUCACGCUCCUGGCUGUGUGCCACACUGUGGUCCCUGAGAAGGAUGGAGAUAACAUCAUCUACCAGGCCUCCUCCCCAGAUGAAGCUGCGUUGGUGAAGGGAGCUAGGAAGCUGGGCUUUGUCUUCACGGCCAGAACGCCAUACUCGGUCAUCAUAGAAGCAAUGGGACAGGAACAGACAUUUGGAAUCCUUAACGUCCUGGAAUUUUCUAGUGACAGAAAAAGAAUGUCUGUGAUUGUUCGGACUCCUUCAGGCCAACUUCGGCUCUACUGUAAGGGGGCUGAUAAUGUCAUUUUUGAGAGACUCUCAAAAGAUUCAAAAUACAUGGAGGAAACACUGUGCCAUCUGGAAUAUUUUGCCACGGAAGGCUUGAGGACUCUGUGUGUGGCUUAUGCCGACCUCUCUGAGCAUGAGUAUGAGGAGUGGCUGAAAGUCUAUCAAGAAGCCAGCACGAUACUGAAAGACCGAGCUCAGCGGUUGGAAGAGUGCUACGAGAUCAUAGAGAAGAAUUUACUGUUACUUGGAGCCACAGCCAUAGAAGAUCGCCUUCAGGCAGGCGUUCCAGAAACCAUAGCAACUCUACUGAAGGCAGAAAUUAAAAUCUGGGUGUUGACAGGAGAUAAACAAGAAACUGCAAUUAAUAUAGGAUAUUCCUGCCGGUUGGUAUCACAGAAUAUGGCCCUUAUCCUGUUGAAGGAAGAUUCUUUGGAUGCAACAAGGGCAGCCAUUACACAGCACUGCACUGACCUUGGCAAUCUGUUGGGCAAGGAGAAUGACGUGGCCCUCAUCAUCGAUGGCCACACCCUGAAGUACGCGCUCUCCUUUGAAGUCAGGAGAAGCUUCCUGGACUUGGCGCUCUCCUGUAAAGCGGUCAUAUGCUGCAGGGUGUCUCCUCUGCAGAAGUCUGAAAUAGUGGACGUGGUUAAGAAGCGGGUAAAGGCCAUCACCCUCGCCAUUGGGGAUGGUGCCAACGACGUUGGGAUGAUCCAGACAGCUCACGUGGGUGUAGGAAUCAGUGGGAAUGAAGGCAUGCAGGCAACCAACAACUCGGAUUAUGCCAUUGCACAGUUCUCCUACUUGGAGAAGCUGCUGCUGGUCCAUGGCGCCUGGAGCUACAAUCGUGUGACCAAGUGUAUCCUGUACUGUUUCUAUAAGAACGUGGUUCUCUACAUUAUCGAGCUUUGGUUCGCCUUUGUUAAUGGAUUUUCUGGGCAGAUUUUAUUUGAACGUUGGUGCAUCGGCUUGUACAAUGUGAUUUUCACUGCACUACCACCCUUCACACUGGGAAUCUUCGAGAGGUCUUGCACCCAGGAGAGCAUGCUCAGGUUCCCACAGCUCUACAAAAUCACCCAGAAUGCAGAAGGCUUCAACACAAAGGUUUUCUGGGGUCACUGCAUCAACGCCUUGGUCCACUCCCUCAUCCUCUUCUGGUUUCCCAUGAAAGCGCUGGAGCAUGAUACUGCAUUGGCCAGUGGCCAGGCCACAGACUAUUUAUUUGUUGGAAAUAUUGUUUACACGUAUGUUGUUGUCACUGUGUGUCUGAAAGCUGGUUUGGAGACCACAGCGUGGACUAAAUUCAGUCAUCUGGCUGUCUGGGGAAGCAUGCUGAUUUGGCUGGUGUUUUUUGGUGUCUACUCAACCAUCUGGCCCACCAUUCCCAUUGCUCCAGAUAUGAAAGGACAGGCGACAAUGGUCCUGAGCUCUGCACACUUCUGGCUGGGAUUAUUUCUGGUGCCCACAGCGUGUUUAAUGGAAGAUGUAGCCUGGAGAGCGGCCAAGCAUACCUGCAAAAAAACAUUGCUGGAGGAGGUACAGGAGCUGGAGACGAAGUCCAGAGUGAUGGGGAAGGCGAUGCUUCGGGACAGUAAUGGAAAGAGGAUGAAUGAACGUGACCGCCUACUGAAGAGGCUCAGCCGGAAGACACCCCCCACUCUCUUCCGGGGAGGCUCCAUCCAUCAGUGUGUCCCCCACGGGUAUGCCUUCUCUCAAGAAGAGCAUGGAGCUGUUACUCAGGAAGAAAUCGUCCGUGCUUAUGACACCACCAAAAAGAAACUGAGGAAGAAAUAAGAUGUGAGUCCUCCUGAUUGAUCCCAGGAAAGAGAUGCGGUUUGUUGCACCCAGUGUUAACACAUCUCUGUCAAAAGAGACUGGUGUCAGCAGCCAAAACACCAUAAAACCCAUUUCUGUGGCCUUAGCCAACCAGUUUGUUAGUUCCACGUUCCCUCGCAAACCUGGAGUAGAUCCCACAGGGGAAGCCAUUUUGUUCCCUUCCAGUUCGUCCGCAGUGCUUGGCCUGACUUCUGUUUACGUUGUUCUGAAGCAUUCAGCUGUGCUCUGUGAGGUGUGAAAUUAAAAACGUUAUGUUCCACCAAUAUUUAAACAUCAGUAGUAGUUGUUCUGGGAGAAAGGUGAGAGUUUUAUGUUGCGUGAGAAACCCGCCUUGCGAAAUUGGAGCGGGGGCACGCUUCCUUCCUGUUUUGUUCACUCACAGAGGAUGUCCGCCAGGCAGCAUGUAAAUGCCACUGUAGGCAAGUUGAUGUCUUGCUUGGUUCUGAUUCCUCUCUUGUUUGUAUGAAGUGGGCAUACACUUCUUGAUGGCAGUGAAAUCCCCAAAAUGUCUGUUAUCAGGCUGGUAACCCUGAGAAGGCGUCUCUGAACCUCUUAGCCAUACUCCCAGCAGGGCAGCGGGCCGC